AUGUCAAACCAGCGGGCGUCCUCCCCGCUUCACCACCAGACCUUGGCACCUGACUCUGCUUCCUCCGCCCUCUAUGACCGGUCGACCACACAGGACUAUGGCUUCACUGCCCUUCCUGCGGAUGCCUCUAAGACUCCGCCCGUAACGACAUCUCCACCUACCGUCAGCGUUGAUGAGCUCAAGAUCCCUACCUCCCCGCUUGCGAGACGCAUAAAUGCGUAUGCGGAAGCGAAGCUGCCGAGGCAGACGUACCACCAUAGCUUGCGGGUUUAUGCAUAUGGCUUGGCGGCGGCGAGGGGUUGCUUCCCGGAUUGGAAGGUCGAGGCUGGUAGUAGCUUGGAAGAGACUUGGUUCCUCACCGCAAUGCUUCACGAUAUCGGGACGCCCGAGGAGGUGUUGAUGAGCACACGCCUGUCGUACGAGUUCUACGCCGGAGUCCAUGCCUUGGACAUCCUGCGGGAUGCGAAGCUUACCCUGCACCACACUGCGGGAGUCGGCAGCGGUGGUGAUGCCAGUGAAGCGGUGGCAGGACAGGAGCAGGCGGAAAGUGUAGCGGAGGCAAUAAUUCGUCAUCAGGAUGUGCAGGAUAAGGGGAAGGUGACGUUGGUAACGAGGCUGGUUCAUAUCGGCACUUUGCUGGACAACAUUGGAGCAGGGAAGGAAUUGGUUAGCGAGGGCACGGUAAAGAGUGUGGUUGGCAAAUGGCCACGGGAAGGCUGGACGGGUUGUUUCAGAGGAACGGUUGAGCUGGAAAAGAAACACAAGCCGUAUGCAAUGGUGUCCAGGAUCGAGGGGUUUGAAGAAACGAUCAGCAAGAACACGGCGAAAGGAGGCCCAUUCGAAUGGCUGGAGUGA